AUGCAGCCCGAUAUUCCUUACCGACAAACCCAUCUACAGGCUCCAGAUGAGUGGAAGCUAGAACAAGGCCUCGAACCCGCUCGUCUCGGCAUCCGAAACCAGAGCAGUAUCCAGAUCAACACAGAGCCUCAUCGACUCAAUCCAAGUGACCACGAAGAACUCAAGGGUACUGAUAUCUCUGAGGAUCCGGAUCUCGACGUUCAAGAUGAGCGACCUGGUUGGAAAGGUUAUGUCGAGUGGGAAGAUUACCCUGAGAAGAAAGCCAAGGCUCACCAGCGCUUUUCGCGCUUCACGUUUCCCCCUCCACCUGAGUUCCAGUUGGAGCCUCUUCCGGCAACGAACCCCGUUCUCGAGGGUAAGAGAUGGAAGUUGUGGCAUAAAGCUAUUGGUGGAGUUUUGGAUCAGGUGCCGCAGAUCAGUUGGGAGACUGUUCUCAAGGAAAAACACCCGGAAAUGCUUCAUCUCCUCGAAUUUCCUUACAACGGAGAAGCGCCCAAAAGCCUUCUGACCAAAGACUACAUCAUGCCAAACGAACUUCAUUUCGUUCGUAAUCACGGCGGCAUUCCGGACAUUGAAGCAAGCGCCUACGACAUCCGUCUCGAUGGGCUCGUCAACGACCCCAAGACACUCACCCUCGCAGACUUACAAAACGAAUCCCUCUUUCCAAAAGUUAGCAAGCUCGUAACUAUUCAGUGCAGCGGUACUCGUCGCUUGGAGCAAAUCGUCGAGUAUCCCGGUGAAGGCGACGAAAUGAUCAACGCCCCCUGGGCCGAAGGUGCUAUAGGUACAGCGAAGUGGACAGGCGUCAGUCUCAAGAAAGUCAUCAAGUACUGCGGCGGUCUCAAAGAUGGUGCCAAGAAUCUUGAACUCUACGGCGCGGAUACGUAUUUUAAAGGAGGACAGUGCAUGAACUACGUCGUGUCUGUGCCGUGGUCAAAGGUCAAGGCGAACGAGAUCAUGUUGGCUUGGGAGAUGAAUGACAGGCCAUUACCGAAGAUUCAUGGUUUUCCGUUACGGGCUGUUGUUCUUGGGUAUAUUGGGGCGAGGAGUUGCUGGGCCUACUCAGGCGGAGGCCGCUGGCCCGAACGUGUAGAAAUCUCCUCCGACGGCGGCUACGUAUGGUACGCCGUCCCCAUCGAGAACCUCUCCCCAAAGCACAAGUUCGCCUGGCGCACCUUCACCGGCAAAGUCCCCUGCGACCACGAAGGCUGGACCGAACUCGUUGUUCGCUGCUGGGACAACAGUCUGAACACGCAACCAAUGGAAGUUCGACAUAGCUGGAACUGGAGCUUGCAUGUGACGAGUAGUUGUCACAGAGUCAAAAUUUACAGUGUCAAUGCGAAGAGAGAGGCUACGAGGAAGAGAUUGAGGGAGUUUGAUGAGCAUGGGCAGGGGUUUACGCCUAUUACUAGACCGACGGAUUUUGUGCCCAUGCGUUUGGAGGAGUAUGAGAAGGAGGUUGCAAUUGUUGAACCGAGGGAUGUUGAUGAUUAG